GGGGGCCCCGGGAAUCUGGCGCGCCACCGGGGCGCGGGUCCUCAGCUCAAGUCGGGACUAAGGCCCCCGGCUUCCACAGAACGCGCGCAUCACGAGGUCGUUAAAUGUUUUCCCAUCUGCAAAAUCCUCGGGGAAAGUGGUGAAUAACAAAGCCGGGAGCGCGCGAAUCUCGGAGCCUACCCCUUGCCAAGCCCUGAAGGGGAACGAGAAGGGCGCGCGCGAGCCAACCGCGGCUCCGGGAAGAGGCAGCGACUCCCGCCGCCAGAGAACCGAGGGCUGGAAGGCUCGCGAUAUCUGGGGGUCGGGAUCUUGCUGCGUUGCCUAGCGACAGGAGGACGCUCGCGGGACCCCAGGCUAAACCCCGCCGUAGCCUUAAAUCUCCUACCAUGGGGGAAGAAGGCGGCGGCCGCGGCUGUGGGACCACUAGGGAGCUGCAGAAGCUGAAGCAGCAGGCGAUGGAGUACUACCGGGAGAACGACGUUCCGCGCAGGCUGGAGGAGCUGCUCAACUCCACCUUCUACCUCCAGCCUGCCGACGUCUACGGGCACCUGGCAAACUGCUUUGCUGAACUUGCUAUGCCUCCCACCAUCUCUAAAGUAGUGGGGAAAAGUGUCCUGGAUGGACUUGGGCUUCCAACCCUGCAAGUGGAAGUGUUCUGCACCAUUCAGAAUCUUCCCAAGAGCGUCUGCUGUGUGACAAUCCCCACGCACUUUGAUGUCUGUGAGAAUGCUUUGCCUGAGCUGGCAGAUGCAGAGGCGGCAGAAAGGAGCCUGGCGGUGAGCGCUGCUGUGCAGUGGGUCAACGAGAGCAUCACUGAGGAGGUGCGGGGCCUGGCACCGUCCAAGCAGGCUGAGGUGGACGGCGUGCUCAGGACAUUCUUUGCAAAUAAAGUGCAAGAAGACAAGGAGAGAAAAGAGCUGGAAAAGAUCCAGGAAGACUCAGCAGGCACUGUACCACCACCUGAAAUACUGCCACCACCACCUCCUCCCACCAAAAAAAGGGCACAGAAGCCAGGAAAAAAGGAUUCUCCCAUAGAGAAACCUGUCAUACCCCCAGAACCUGCGGAGCCGGUACUCUGUGGCAGCAUGGCCAUAGGGGCGGUGUCACUCGCUGUUGCCAAGACCAGUGCCAUUCUGGGCAGUAUUCCUCUGUACUUACACAUCGCCUCCCUGAAGCACAGUCAGGAGCAGUCAGCGCCACUGACUAUGCCUCUGCUCAUGGCCUCUGUGGUCAGCUGUGGCAAGUCAUCACCUGGGAAGCUCAACUUGAUGAAGGAAGUGAUCUGCAUACCCCAUCCUGGACUGACAACUAAACAAGGUGUGGAGAUGGUUCUGGAAAUUCAGAAACAAAUUAACAAAAUACUGGAACUGCCCCCUCCUCCAAAACCAGAGAACAAAAAAGGACUGAAUGGAAACAAGAGAGGUCAACAGCCAGUCACUGGCAAGAUGUCUCAUCUUGGCUGUCUAACCAUUAACUGUGACACUAUAGAACAGCCCCUGCUUCUAAUCCAGGGGGUCUGCGCAAACCUGGAGCUACAACUGGGAAUAAAUCUGCACCUGGCCAUCAACUGUGCUGGACAUGAGCUGAUGGACUAUAGUAAAGGAAAGUAUGAAGUACUGACAGGCACCUACAAAAACGCGGCAGAGAUGGUCGACCUGUACGUGGAGCUGAUCAGCAAGUACCCUUCCAUCAUUGCUUUAAUUGACCCUCUCAGGAAGGAGGACUCGGAACAGUGGGACGGCAUCAGCCACGCUCUUGGCUCCAAGUGCUACAUAAUUGCAGGAACUGCAUCCAAAAGCAUUUCUAAGCUUCUGGAGCUUGAAAACAUCAGCACACCGAGCGCCCACGGGCUCAUCAUAAAACAUACAAAUCAAACUACGAUGUCUGACUUGGUGGAAAUAACCAACCUUAUUGACAGCAGGAAGCACAUCACCGUCCUUGGAAGUACAGAAGGAGAGUCCUCUGAUGACAGCCUUGUUGAUCUGGCUGUUGGACUCGGCGUCCAGUUUGUCAAGUUGGGGGGUCCUUCUCGUGGUGAACGGGUGACUAAGUACAACCGCCUUCUUGCUAUAGAGGAAGAACUCAUCCAGAAUGGGACACUGGGUUUCAAUGAAGAACACACCUUUUUUUACCUUAAUGAGAAUGCUGAAAAGGCACUUGAAGCUGCUGGCGUGGGGGCUGCUGAGCUGCUGCCGGGGGCCCUGGAACCAAUCUUCCCCACAGAAGUUGUGGAGCAGUCAGCUAAAUCCUGAGCACAGUCUGGCUGGGAUGCACCCUGGGGCAGAACCACACCCGGCUAUCAGACUGGUAGGCGGACAUCACUGUACUAGCCCUGCUCUUGAACUU